AAUCUGUAUCCUUUACUAAAAAAUAAAAAAUAAAUCUUCAUAGAGAUCAACAUAAUGAGAAAAAGAAAUUAGCAAAACCCCUUUUGAAAACGUUUGGCAUCCCUGUUUCUCUAUUUUCAAUGCAAAAGGACCUAACCAAGUCUAUUCACCUAAAAAAAAGGAAACAGAAUCUCAAGCCUAAGUCUAACCAAACCAGGGUUUCUAGUUUCUUUCCUUAUUGGAAUUGGAUUUCUCUUCUUUUGAUCCAAAACAUGUAAUUUUCUUAGGAAUCUCGUUUGUGAACUAUUCGAUCCAAGUAAUUUGUUUUUUGAAUUGGGUUCGUAGCUCUGACAAACUUGGAAAAAGUUGUUUCAUCGCGAGUAAUGGAGAAGGAAGUUGACAAGAAAUUUGUCUGACUGAUAGAUAAUCUCAGCGUUUUUAGUCCUAAGCAGAGUCAUUCUGAUCCAUUUCUGAUUGCUGGCAGUAGAUGGUAAAAACUGAACCAACUUUUGUUCUAAAAGUACUUUUCAUUUAAUUAUGUUGUGGUGAUUUGAUGAUUUUUUUUUCCUAUGUAGGCGUCUUCUUGCCCUACCCAAGGGAAAUACUUUUGAGUUCUUCUAUCAGUAUAUGGGAGUUGCUGAUUCUUGCCAAUCACUGACUUCUACAUGGAGAAGACAUGUAAAACUUCGCUUAACUAUAGUAAAUGGAAUUUCUCAUAAACGCUCCAUUGUGACAGAUUCAGACCUCUACUUUGAUGAGAAUCUUCCCGCUUGUAGUUAUCCAACAGUGCCACUCCCUUUCAACCUUCUUGCAAGAGAUGCCGGGUUUCUGGUUUGCCGAGAAAUAACAAUUGUUAUUGAGGUUGUUGCUCUUGAAGUUAUUGACACAUCAGAUAAUGAUGGUGCCAAGUCUAAUGAUGUCAAUGGAUUUCAAGUUCUUCCUUCACAGGUAGAAUCUGUGAAGCCCAAACAUUGCAUAAAAGACCGUUCAAUGAACCCAUGUCUGAGGACAACAUACAUGAAUUUACUCCUCGGAAUAAUUGAGACGUUGUGCCAAUUGCCUGGGGAGCUCUCUGAUAGUGAUCUGAAUGAAGCAUCCGUUGCAGUUUUAUACGUGGCACAAGGUGGCUUUAAAGUAGAUUGGUUGGAGAAGAAGGUCAAGGAAGUAAAGGAAAAGAAGAAGAAUGUGGAUACUGGUAAGGCUCGGCUGCAACAAAUGGAGCAAGAUUUGCAGAAUCUCAAUCAGAAACGCUUAGACCUGAAAGAUCUUCUAGACAAGGAGAAAGCAAAUGACUUGGCCGCUAAUGCUCCUCUCUCGUUCAAUGAUGUUCUUAAGAAGUUUUAGACAAGGUUUUGAAAAACUGCCCUCUGAUAAGGCUGAGAUUUUGUCUGCCCAAAGAUCCUCUAUGAUGUUGUCUUGACUUCUUUCUUUAGGCAUUUGUGCUAAAGCAUUAUGAGCUUGAAGUUUUUUUUUUUUUCUUACUAAAACCUUAAAAUUUAGGAAAGUUUAAGAUGUCUAUUAUAGAUCAAUAAAGUAAUCCCUUGAAAUAUAUGCUAUGAGAUAUAUGCAAAUCCCUUGAAGCUAAACUGUAUCAAGUAACUACCCUUGAUCACAUCCAAACUAAUAUAUACAUAUCUUAUCCCGAAUAGUAAAUGUGUUUAAAAUCUAAAUUUUUGCAUAAUUAAGGAAAAUUUGGAAACUGAGUGACAAGAGAAACAGAGUAUCCCUGGUAAAUCACAAUGAUUGGGGAAACUAUUGAUUAUUUAUAAUAUUGCAUUAACUUAUAUACACCAAUAGUUACACUAGUUUUCAAUUCAUGUUUCCUAAGCCAUAUAAAAGUGAUUUACUUUCCUAUGCGAAAUGGAUUUGCAUUCAUGUCUCUCUCUUUCUCUCCAAGAUGUUUUGAA